CCCAAUCUCACACAACAACUCUUCCCCACUGAGAGGAGGCAGCCAGUGCAACUCCAACCUCAGGAGACCCACCGCCUCCAACCCGACGGCAGCCACCCCGGCCGACAGCUCCAGAGACCACAGCCGGCGCGUCCAGGCACCCACCUGCGCUCCGAGCUCGCUCCCGGCUCCGGCCCACCGCGCCCCUCGCCGUCGCCUCGCAUAGCGUCCUGCCGCCCGCUCCGAUCGCAGCGCCCUGACCAUGGCCGCCGCUGUGGGACCGGUCCGCUUCGCCUUCGUGCUCCUCCUCGCCCUGUGCAGCCGGCCGGCCACCGGCCAGGACUGCGGUGGGCAGUGCCAAUGCGGGACAGCGCCGGCGCCUCGCUGCCCGGCCGGCGUGAGCCUUGUGCUGGACGGCUGCGGCUGCUGCCGCGUCUGCGCUAAGCAGCUGGGCGAACUGUGCACCGAACGCGACCCCUGCGACCCGCACAAGGGCCUCUUCUGUGACUUUGGUUCCCCAGCCAACCGCAAGAUUGGCGUGUGCACCGCCAAAGAUGGUGCCCCAUGCGUCUUCGGCGGGACUGUGUACAGGAGUGGAGAGUCCUUCCAGAGCAGCUGCAAGUACCAGUGCACUUGCCUAGAUGGAGCGGUGGGCUGCGUGCCCCUGUGCAGUAUGGAUGUUCGCCUGCCCAGCCCUGACUGCCCCUUCCCGAGAAGGGUCAAGCUGCCUGGGAAGUGCUGUGAGGAAUGGGUGUGUGAUGAGCCCAAGGACCACACCGUGGUUGGCCCUGCCUUGGCUGCCUACCGUCUGGAAGACACCUUUGGCCCAGACCCAACUAUGAUGCGAGCCAACUGCCUGGUCCAGACCACAGAGUGGAGCGCCUGUUCCAAGACCUGUGGGAUGGGCAUCUCCACCCGGGUUACCAAUGACAACGCCUUCUGCAGGCUAGAGAAGCAGAGUCGCCUCUGCAUGGUCAGGCCUUGUGAAGCUGACCUAGAAGAGAACAUCAAGAAGGGCAAAAAGUGCAUCCGUACCCCCAAAAUCUCCAAGCCUGUCAAGUUUGAGCUUUCUGGCUGCACCAGUGUGAAGACAUACAGGGCCAAAUUCUGUGGUGUGUGCACAGAUGGUCGAUGCUGCACCCCUCACAGAACCACCACCCUGCCUGUGGAGUUCAAGUGUCCUGAUGGUGAGAUCAUGAAGAAGAGCAUGAUGUUCAUCAAGACCUGUGCCUGCCAUUACAACUGCCCUGGAGACAAUGACAUCUUUGAGUCACUAUACUACAGGAAGAUGUAUGGAGACAUGGCAUAAAGCCAGAGAGUGAGAGACAUGAACUCAUUCGACUGUAACUUGAACUGAUUCACAUCUCAUUUUUAUGUAAAAUGAUUUCAGUAGCACAAGUUAAUUUAAAUCUGUUUUACUAAGUGGGGGAGAAAAAUUCCCACCAAAUUCAAAAUAUUGUGCCAUGUCAUACAAAUAGUCUCUCAACCCCAGACACUGGUUUGAAGAAAGUUAAGACUUGACAGUAGGACUGCAGUAGCACACAGUGCCUGAAUGUACACUAAAGGGUGGCUUCAGGAGAAGUGGAGACACCAGUAGGAAGCCUAGUACCAUCAGAUUGCAUCUUAAAGUUGUAAUGUGCCUGCAACUUGGAGUGUAAUUGAGAAGGAAAAUUUUAGCAUACUUGCUGAUCUGCCUGUAGCUCCAGCAACAGCUAGGAUCUGCAUUCUCCAGCCAUUGUGAGGCUGAGUCAAGUUGUUCUUUAAGUCAGAACAGCAGAUUCAGCCCCGACAUUCUGAUUCAAAUGACAGUGUUUAGGAAUCAGAAAACUGUCUAUUAGACUGGACAGCUUGGGGCAAGUUAAUUUGCCUGUAACAAGCCAGAUUUUUUUAUUGAUACUGUAAAUAUUGUGGAUAUAUAUAUUAUAUAUAUAUAUAUUUGUACAGUUAUCUAAGUUAAUUUAAAGUUGUUCGUGCCUUUUUGUUUUUGUUUUAAUGCUUUGAUAUUUCAAAUGUUAGUCUCAAGUUCUGAACACCAUAGGUAGGACGUGAAGCUUAUCUGAUAAUUCAAAGCCUGAAAUGAAUAUUCAAGUGGAAAUUGUAAUCAGUUAGAGUGGCAGUCCAUCAAAACAGAUGGUUUGCUGAAGGUGAGGUAGCAAUGUCCUUGGAAAUCUGGUUUCUAGACAGGAAAUGUGGUAGCCUCACUUUCAGUGACCAAUGGCCUUUAUUGGAAAAUGACUGGCUCUAUAUAAUUCUAUAGGUCAGUUUUCCACCUAGAAGCAUUUGUUUCUAUUUUGACUAUGACUGUUUUUUGGACAGUUUAUUUGUUGAGAGUGUGACCAAAAGUUACAUGUUUGCACCUUUCCAGUUAAAAAUAAAGUAUAUAUUUUUUCUACAAA